AGAAGGGUUUAGGUAUGGAUCUGUACCUGGGCCAGGUCUCCCUAAGAAUAUCCCCAUCCACAUUGAAGGAGGUCCAAACUUGGAGGCCCCUGAUGGGGUGUCACGUCCUGUUCGAUCUGACAGCGUAUCUUCAAACUAUAGUAACUUAAGUCACCGAAGUCUUUCCAUGUCGACAAGACCUCAGGAACUGGUAGGCACCUUUAUUCAGAAGGAAAGUGGGAAACUUGAGAAUGAGAGUACCAACAAUUUCUUUAAGCAAAUUGAUUCUUCCCCAUUGGGUAAAGACUCUAAUGUACAAGCUAUGGGGCAGAAAACUUUCCUUGGUAAUUUGUCUCAGCCUCCAACACCAAGUCCACCAAAACCUACUGGAAUAUUUCAGGCCAGUGUAAACAGUUCUUUUGAACCUGUUCGUUCAUACAUAGGUGUAAAACCAGUUGAUAUAGACCAGUCAAAGAUAGUUGGUGAAGUUCGAGAUGCCAACAAACAUGUAUCAAACACUUCCAACAAUGCCACGUCAGCAGUUUCCCCUGGAAAUUUAGAGCAACCUCCUGAUAAUUUGGAAACUCUUUUUACUGGCGGUGCUAAUGCUGAAGUUUUGAAUGUAACCAGUGGAACUGUUUUUGGAGUUCCAGCUUUUGAUAGCCUAUUGCUGGAUAAACGUCCAUCUUCGAGAGCUCAUGGGUCAAAUAAAAAGUGUGAAAGCCCUGCAACUACUCUGUGGGCCCAAGGAGAACUGCCCAAUUUUGGAGGCAAUGUUUUACUGGCUCCCACCAGCUCCUGCUGUUUAUGUUCCUCCAAAACCCCAAAAUGAAGUAAUACAGCCUCCAGAGGACGGGGCUAUGGAUGCGCAAAACCUCAAGCUUGACCCAGCGCAGUUUGUGACAAUGCCAGAGGAGCAUACCUCUUCAGAAAAUCUUGAGAACCCUCCAAAAAUAGGAGACGACGAACAUCCUCCAUCACAGGCAAGUUCUGGAUAUGCCAGUUUGUUGUCUUCCCCACCCACAGAUUCCUUGCAAAAUCAACCUGUUCUAAUUGCUCAACCAAACAAAAACUAUAAUUUGGCACAGCCUAUUAAUUUUUCUUUGUCUUUGCCCAAUCAAAUCAAAAACUUUAAUUCUGCAAAAGAUCCAUCAGCUGCUGACAGACCAGUUCUUACUGGUAAUCAUAUUCCUGCUCCGAAUGCUUCUCUUGCUCUGGUUCAGCCUGGACCUUCGCUUAAAAUACCUAAUUCUCUCAAUAAUUUUCCCCCUGGUAGUGAUCGAUUUCUGAAACUUUUCCCAGUCUGCCCCAAAAUGUUAAGCCAUCCUCAUCCAAUCAACUUCCGCUCAGUUUGGUCGUGGAGGAGCAAAAAAAUGGUAAGACAGAAAGUGUAGCAGUUGAGUCAAUAAAAUCUUCAGUUCCUGUAUCGGGGUCUCAUGCACCAGUGGGAAAUGCUGCUGGGGCAGUUGCUGUCUUUGGGAGUUUGGUUGGCAAUCAUGUGGAAAAUGUAGGUGCUCUUGAUUUUACUGUGCCUCGUACAUCUACCAAUCAAAAUGCUAAUGCUCACGCUCCAAUCCAGAAUCAACCUCCUAUAAGUGUCCCUAACUAUCCAAAUCAGUUAAGCAAUGUCCCGAAUUUCCAGCCUGGGCCAGAUAUUAACAGACCAGGUUUUUAUCAGCAGGUUACUAAAGAUGUUAAACAGCAGCCUUCAUUGGAGACUUUGCAGCCUGGACCAGGGCCUUCUCAUGAGUACAUGACUCCUGUUUCUCAGGCUGCACCAGGAGCUCCCCCAGGGCAGGUACUUUCUGGACCUAAACCUGUGACUUAUCCACCACAGCUUGAACCUCCGGUGCCAAGUGCCCAGAAUCCUGCAGAUCUACGGUACAGCAUCACUUCAGAGCCAGGACCUAAAUAUGAGUCUUCUGAGCAGAAAGCUUACCCCCCUCAUCCUGUAUCAACCUCAUCUGCACCAGCAAUUCCCAGCCACUCUGUUGGGUAUCCAGAACAGGCAAGACCGCCUACUUCUCAAACGCCACAACAAAUUGAUCCUUAUUAUUACUACAGAGGGUAUGGUACAUACCCAUCAGCUUAUCCACAGCCAUAUCCACCCGUGGAUCCUCGAGCCUCUCAUCUCUACUACCAGGACUCCUAUGGAACUUAUGACCCAGCCUACAGACAAUAUAGUAAUAGUGGAUUUGUGAACCCUGGCAAGUACCCUUACCAAGAACCAGAGCGACCUAGCUCAAGGUCUAGUCACUGCUCAGACCGACCACCGUCAAGGCAAGGGUACAAUGCACCUGCCAAUUACUAUGCGGAUUAUUACCAAAAUCAGUAUGAAUAUGGAGACCACUCUAGAUGGGAUCGCUAUCCUGAAACCUAUGAUCCUGGCUACAGAGACACUCGGAGUAGUUACUGGAAUUUUGUGUAUGGUGCUCGGGAGGACCCAUAUAGAAAAGUUCCAUAUGGUUACACCAGCAGGUAUGAUGUGUAUGAAGACCGUUGGCAGUACGACCCACGCUAUGUUGGUGGCUUUGAUGAUGAAAUUGAUGCACGCAGAGAUCUCGCCAAAGACGAUUUUGAUCGGCGUAGCGUACACAGCGAGCAUUCUGCCCGCAGUGUGCACAGUGAACGAAGCACACACAGUCGUCGCAGCAGCUUUAGCUCUCGUUCACAGCAGAGUCAGGUCUACAAAAGCGACCAGGAUCUGACAACAAAUGUGUACAGCAGCCAUAUUGCUAACCCUGCCCUUGGCGACUAUUCCUACAGCAUGUAUCCGAAUGAAUAUAGUACACAACAACCGUUGGACAGCUCUCAAUAUGUCUACUCAAGCGGCUCAGAGUGGCAGCCAGUGGAACAGGUUCCUUCCAGGCCCCUUACCCCAGAAAAGUUUGGCAGCCCUCAUGUUUGUGCCAGGUUUGGCCCUGGCGGUCACCUGAUCAAAGUGCUUCCCAAUCUUCCUUCAGACGGACAGCCCACACUUGUAGAAAUCCACAACAUAGAGAUAAUCCUGCAGAGCUGUCCUGAACAGGAGCAGAUGAGAGCAUUUCCUGGACCUCUGGUCAAAGAUGAAACCCAUAAAGUUGAUGUUAUUAAUUUCGCACAAAAUAAAGCCAAAGAGUGCGCACAGAAUGAAAACCUGAUAGAUCAGGAAUCUGCCCGCCUGCUCUGGGAUUUUAUCGUUCUGCUGUGCAGACAAAAUGGGACAGUUGUAGGGACAGAUAUAGCUGAGCUGCUGCUUCAAGAUCACAAAACUGUGUGGCUUCCUGGGAAAUCACCAAACGAAGCAAAUCUGAUCGAUUUCAACAAUGAGCCGCUGGAACAGGAAGAGGAAUCUGUUGCCUCCCAGCUCUCCUUUCUUACAGAUACCUUACCCAUCAGUGGAGCAGUCAUGGAGAAAGAGACGGAACGUUUCCGGGAGCUUCUGCUGUACGGCCGUAAAAAGGAUGCUCUGGAGUCUGCUAUGAAACAUGGACUGUGGGGCCAUGCAUUGCUACUGGCUAGUAAAAUGGACAGCCGAACGCAUGCCAGAGUUAUGACCAGGUUUGCCAACAGUCUCCCAAUUAAUGACCCUCUACAGACAGUCUAUCAACUGUUGUCUGGAAGGAUGCCUGCUGCAGCCACGUGUUGUGGAGAUGAGAAAUGGGGCGAUUGGAGACCCCAUCUUGCUAUGGUAUUGUCGUCGAAUAUAACCAAUAACCUUGAUGUACCAACGAGAACCAUGACUACUAUGGGAGACACAUUGGCUUCCAGAGGACUCUUAGAUGCUGCUCACUUCUGCUACAUUAUGGCCCAACUUGGUUUUGGAGUUUACACAAAGAAAACAACCAAGCUUGUCCUUAUUGGCUCCAACCAUAGCUUAUCUUUUGCCAAGUUUGCAACCAAUGAGGCUAUUCAGAGGACUGAAGCAUAUGAGUAUGCCCAAUCCCUGGGCACUCAGACCAUCUCCCUACCCAAUAUCCAGGUUUACAAGUUUAUCUAUGCUUGCCGACUUGCUGAGCAUGGCCUCUCAGCCCAGGCCUUCCAUUACUGUGAAGUCAUCGCAAAGACCAUUCUUAAACAUCCAUCAUAUUACUCCUCUGUACUCGUCAGCCAGCUUCUUGAGGUAACCUUACAUUUGAGGUUUUUUGACCCUCAGUUGAAAGAGAAACCAGAACAGGAGUUGUUUGUAGAGCCAUCGUGGUUGGUUCGACUCCGUCACCUGGAUAUGCAGAUGAAGCAAGGCACUGUGGUAUAUAACACUGGUAGAACCACUCCCCCCCAGUAUGCCUGCAGCACGCCAAGCUCUGAACAGGAUCACAUCAGCCAGUCCGAUGGCAUGACAAUAGCCCAUGAUGGGCUCCCUAAUACAGAUAAUCCUUUACUGACCAACCUCCUCCCCAACAUGAUUCCUCCUGUCCAGGGUAUACAGUUGGCCCUUCCAGGUCCUGAACACACUGCAAAUUAUCAGCCCACUCCAGUUAGUGAGCCAUUCUACCCUGUCACACAGCAGACUUUUGUCCCCUCACCUGGACUCUCCCCUCCAGUGUCUGGCCCAGGAUUUGGAGCUUUCAGCAGUGAAACUGUACCUAGUUAUACCCCUGCUACUAUGGAGCCUGCUCCUACCCCUCCACAACCCACCGAAUUUACACCUCAAGAGCAGUGGAACCAGGAGUCAACAGUGCAAAGACUGCCGCAGAAUUCUCCCACCAAAACCACCUUUCAUGACCCCGGAUUUGACUUCUAUGGAGAAAUGGCUAAAAUGGCCCCAGGACAGAGAUCUAGAACUGUGUCCCAGUCAUCGGCUCACAUGAGACGGACUCGGACCACCUCUGAGUCCUCUACCCACUCUAUUGGAUCAACCAGAAGGAGUUCUAUAGGGAUUCAGCCUUCACCCCCUCCUCCAGCCAUUCCUGAAACGGAGAGGAUCGUGCCUAAGAAAGAACCCAAAGCCAAUCAUUCAUCACAAGGGGGCGGUAGAAGUUGGUUUCCCCUGAAAAUUGGCUGGCUGAUGGGAAAAGGAAAGAACGAAGCCCACUUGCCUGAUGACAGGAAUAAGUCUAUCGUUUGGGAUGAGAACAAACAGCGUUGGGUGAACCUGGAUGAGCCUGAGGGAGAGGAGAGCAAACCCCUGCCUCCACCUCCAUCAGUAAUGCCGAAAAGACCUCAGACUGGCUCCUCUGGACCAGGUGGACCCGGAGCUCCCCCAAAUCCUUCAGUCAAUAUGUUCUCAAUCAGAGCAGGUGGUGCCAGAGGUCGCUAUGUGGAUGUGUUAAACCCAGGUGGCAGCAAGCCAGCAAGUUCUGUGCCAUCGCCAGCUGAUCUUUUUGCUCCUCUAGCACCAAUGGCCAUCCCAUCAAACCUCUUUGUUCCUAACUCAGUUCCAGAAGAGGGUCAGCCCAGCCUUGGCUCAGAUGCAGAAACGGUACAACCUCCUGACCAGCCAAGCCUUGAUAAUCCCACCCAGACACAGUUUUUAAGUGCAACUUCUGGAUCUGAUCUGCCACCUUCAAACUCAGAUGAUUAUCCUUCUGGAGAGGCCUUCAGUAAUGCUGCCCCUACAUCUGUUCCUCCUGUUGGGACUGUUACCUUUUAUAACCCUUCAAAUUUUACACAACAGACUCCUGCAGGAGGCAGUGCAGCGCGGCCUGGGAGACUUGGUCAGCGACAAUACCCAGUGCAGAAAUAG